CCCGGGGGCGCCGCGCGUCCCGAGCCCCCUCCCACCCGUUUCCAUCGGGUGCACGGAGCCAACAUCCGCCUGGACCCCUCGGGGACGCGGGCCACGCGCGUGGACAGCUUCGCCCACGGCGUGUGCUUCAGCCGCGAGCCGCUGGCCCCCGGCCAGGUGUUCCUGGUGGAGAUCGAGGAGAAAGAGCCGGGCUGGUGCGGCCACCUGCGCCUCGGGCUGACGGCGCUGGACCCCGCCGGGCUGGCCACCGUGCCCGAGUUUUCCCUGCCGGACCUGGUCAGCCUGGGCCACACCUGGGUCUUCGCCAUCACGCGCCACCAUAACCGGGUGCCCCGGGAGGGCCAGCCCGCGGCCGAGGUGCUGGCCCCCGGCCGCCCCGCCGCCCUCCUGCUGGAGCCCUAUCUGUGCGUGGAGCAGUUCCGACUCCCGCGGGACCGCCUGGUGGGCCGCAGCCGGCCGGGCCGCUACAGCCACCUGCUGGACCAGCUCUACGAGCUGAACGUGCUGCCUCCCACCGCGCGCCGCAGCCGCCUGGGCGUCCUCUUUUGCCCCCACCGGGAUGGGACGGCCGACAUGCACAUCCUCGUCAAUGGCGAGGACAUGGGCCCCAGCGCCCGGGGGCUGCCAGCUUCCCAGCCCCUCUACGCCGUGGUGGACGUGUUUGCCUCCACCAAGAGUGUGCGCCUGGUCCAGCUUGAGUAUGGAUUGCCAUCUCUGCAGACUCUGUGCCGCCUAGUUAUCCAGAGGAACGUAGUACACCGGCUGGCCAUCGAUGGGCUCCACCUCCCCGAAGGACUUAAAGACUUCUGCAAAUAUAAAUGAAAGUCUGCAGCCACCAGAGCAGGGUCUGGCCCCAGAGCUGUGGCUGAUCUGAAGUGGACAGACUGACUAUACUGCUGCCUGAAAUAAACACAGCCCAUGCUGACAUUC